CUUCAUAUUUUGACUGACAGAAGUAAGAACGUUUAAAAAAUAUGACAGUCCUUUAUCAACUUCAAAAAGUUGCUAUUAUAAAACGUUAUCAAAUUGUUAACAUUUAAUUAACGUCAGGGUUAUAAGCAAAAUAAUCAAUAUUUUCACCUGGAAAAAUCGUUCGUCUACAAUAUACAUAGACACUUAGUUGUAGACAGGUAUUUUUUAAAUGCAUUCAUGGAAUUGUUCAAAGCUCUCAGUUUAUUUAGUAGGGGAAAAUACGAAGAAUGUGCAGCAGUCUGUUCAGAAUUGUUAAGAAAAAAUCCAUUAGACCAGGCUGUGUGGGUGUUGAAAAUGCGUGCCUUAACAUUACAAGUAUAUGUAGAUGAUAUAGAAGGAGAAGAAGAAGGAAUUGCUGAAAGCUUACUAGAUAAUUAUAGCAUAUCUUCUAUGCCUAGACCCGGUACAUCCUUAAAAAAUCCUGGCACUAGUCAUACAGGACUAUAUCUACGACCCAAGACGCAAUCAGGAAGGCCACUCACAGGGGUUGUACGGCCAGCUACACAGUCUGCAAUAUCUCAGUCAUUCGAGCAGACAUUGAAAACACCAAGAACUGCCAUGACUGCCAGACCAAUUACGGCAAAUUCUAGUCGCAGUGUUAGAUUAGGUACAGCAUCCAUGUUAACAGAGCCUGGAGGACCAUUCAUACAACUGUCUCGUUUGAACAUUGCAAAGUAUGCUAGUCAACCUAGCAUUGCAAAACCAUUAUUUGAAUAUAUAUAUUAUCAUGAACACGAUGUAAGAUAUGCGCUAGACUUGGCAGUUCAAGCAACACAAGUCUGUCAAUACAAAGAUUGGUGGUGGAAAGUGCAACUUGGCAAAUGCUAUUAUAGUUUAGGAUUGAUAAGAGAUGCUGAACAGCAGUUUAAAUCAGCAUUGAAAGAUUGCAAAACUAUUGAAUCUGUGUUGAGACUAGUCAGGGUAUAUAUUAGGCUAGAUCAACCAUUGACAGCUUUAGAGACAUGUAAAAAGGGUCUCGAGUAUUUUCCUAGCGAUGUAAAUAUUCUUACUGAAAUGGGACGCAUAUUUGAUGGUUUAAAUAAUGCAAGUAUGUCAUUGAAGUAUUAUAAAAUGGUUGUUCAGGAAGAUGCUUCGCAUACGGAAGCAAUAGCCAGCAUCGGCAUGCAUCAUUUCUAUAAUGAUCAGCCAGAACUGGCUUUACGUUUCUAUAGACGACUGCUACAGAUGGGUGUGUACAAUGUUGAGCUAUUCAACAAUCUUGGAUUAUGCUGUUUUUAUUCCCAGCAGUAUGAUCAUGUUAUAUCAUGCUUUGAAAGGGCACUUAAUCUUUCUACAGAUGAAAACGCAGCAGAUGUAUGGUAUAACAUUUCCCACAUUGCUCUAACAGUAGGUGAUAUAACAAUGGCAGAAGAAUGUUUGAAACUUACUAUUGUAAAUGACAAUAGACAUGCGUUAGCAUACAAUAAUCUUGGAGUUAUACAGAUACGAAAUGGAAAUCUAACAGCAGCUCGAACAUAUUUCCAUGCUGCUGCAAAUAUUGCAAAUUUCAUUUAUGAACCUCAUUUUAACAGUGCUUACUUGGCUUAUGAGGUUGGAGACUUGCAGACAAGUUAUACUGCGGUGCAAAAGUCUUUGAGCGCAUAUCCCGGACACUGCGAUAGCAAAAGUCUUCUAAAAAAAUUGGAGAAAUAUUUUUCACAUAUGUAAAAAGCAAGCUAACAUUAUGUACACAUAUAUGUAUAUAUAAAGAGUAGAAAUUGUGACUUGUUCAAUUCUGUCAAUUAAUAAGUUAAGCAUUUUAAUAGGAAUGUCAACUUGCGGAAAACUCGGUUGAUAAAAAUGCGAUUUUUAAAUGUUAAGAAAUUAUCUUGGAAGAUUGUAUAAAUAGAAUAAUUGCAAUAUUUAUCGAUAACAUUUUCUGUAUCACAUCAGCCAAUUCUUUUUAUGAGACUUAUGUAUAAAUAUAUACGAAUUUACUAAUUUA